CGCCGACCACGACCCCGAACAUCGCCAAAGCCAAAGCAAACCGGGGCGGCAGCGCCAGCAGCUUAAGCCCAGCUCCAAAAUGGCAAAGAAGGCCAAAUCGCGCAUCAUCAGCGUGCGCCUGCUCUCCAUGGCCAUGACAGGCUAUUUCUACACCUUCACGCGCCCGCGGACGUCCCUGCCCAUGAGCAUGAUCAAAUACGACCCGAUAGUCCGGAGGAGAGUUCUCUUCCUCGAGCAAAAACGAAAGGGCAAAUGAUCGAUCGAUGAAUCGAUGCGCGGUUGCGGCGACAUGGCGCAUAUGUGGUUUUGGCUCUGGAAACGAACGGAAGGACGACGAAGCGCCCUUCUUCCACGAGGACGGAUGAAUGCCGGGCUCUUAGGGCCACCACCGAGUGCCAAAGAAGCAGGGAGAGAGAGGAGGGGAGGGGUUGGGGAGUGGAUGGUGUACGGCACGCUCGUACUUGGGCCAUGGGCGGGAGUCCCGCUUGACUCGACUCGACUCGACUCGACUCGGUCCGGUUUUCGAUUCGGCUUGCACAUGACGGGCGGGUUGCGGCCCGUUCGCCUCGAUGUUUGCCGGAGAAAUACGUGUAUUAUUAUACCACGGGACUCGCCGGUGUACCAAAACACCAUGACAGACAGCAUGGUUGGCGUUUUUUUCGGAUUUUGGAGUGAGGAUAGAUCUAGAGGUAUUAUUGUGGUAUAACUGUCCUACAGCGAUCGGUGAGACCGUUUCGGGUGCAAGAACGGAUGCCUGCUGUUCCAUCCUGAACAAUGGCGGUUCAGGGAAAUGGCAAUGAGCCACUUGUUUGGACCGGCACCGCGGAGGACUCGAGUCAGGCGGUCAAUUGAUUCCCUCUUUUACUUCUCC